CCUUCCUCCUUGCCGCCAGGUCUCUGGGCAGGGACAUCCCGAGGGCUUUGCUGCUGCGCUUGCCCUCGCCCUGCCAGCCGGCAGGGCCCUGUGCCUCCGGGAUGGCGAGAUGGCUGCCUCGCUCUGCAGACCUGACCCGCUUCUGCCAGAAGCUCAACCGAGUGAAGACCUUGGAGGACGACAUGAUGGAGACGUCCUUCAACAGAUGCCUCUCCACCGUCGACUUGACGCUGCUGGGCAUUGGGGGCAUGGUGGGCUCUGGGCUCUAUGUCCUCACGGGCACCGUAGCCAAGGAGAUUGCUGGCCCUGCUGUCAUUGUCUCCUUCAUCAUCGCUGGCUUCGCCUCGCUCCUGGCCGCGCUCUGCUACGCUGAGUUUGGGGCCCGGGUACCCAAGACAGGUUCUGCCUACAUGUUCACCUACGUGUCUGUCGGUGAGAUCUGGGCCUUCCUCAUUGGUUGGAACGUGCUGCUGGAGUACAUGAUUGGAGGAGCUGCGGUGGCCAGGGCGUGGAGCGGUUACCUGGACUCUAUCUUUAACCACAAAAUAAAGAACUUCACCGAGACCCACGUGGGCACGUGGCAGGUACCGUUCCUGGCGCACUACCCGGACUUCCUGGCGGCUGGCAUCUUACUAGUAGCUACCGCGUUCAUCUCCUUCGGGGCCAAGGUUUCCUCAUGGCUCAACCAUGUCUUCUCGGCCAUCAGCAUGGGUGUCAUCCUCUUCAUUCUCAUCAUGGGCUUCAUCCUUGCACAGCCCAAGAACUGGAGCGCUCCGGAAGGGGGUUUUGCCCCGUUCGGGCUGUCGGGCAUCAUGGCUGGAACAGCCACCUGCUUCUACGCCUUUGUGGGCUUCGAUGUUAUAGCGGCGUCGAGCGAGGAGGCCAGGAACCCACAGCGGGCUGUGCCCAGAGCGAUAGCCUUCUCCUUGGGGCUGGCCACUGGCGCCUACAUCCUUGUGUCCAUGGUGCUGACACUGAUGGUGCCCUGGUACACGCUGGACCCCGACUCCGCCCUGGCGGAUGCGUUUUACCGGAGGGGUUACUCAUGGGCAGGAUUCCUGGUGGCCGCUGGCUCCAUCUGUGCGAUGAACACGGUCCUGCUGAGCAACCUCUUCUCCCUGCCGCGCAUCGUCUAUGCCAUGGCAGAGGACGGGCUCUUCUUCCAGGUGUUCUCGCGGGUGCACCCCCGUACGCAGGUGCCCGUCAUUGGCAUUGUGGUGUUUGGGGGGCUCAUGGCCCUGCUGGCCCUCGUGUUUGACCUGGAGGCCCUGGUGCAGUUCCUGUCCAUUGGCACACUGCUGGCCUACACCUUUGUGGCCGCCAGCAUCAUCGUGCUGCGCUUCCAGCAGCAGAAGGUGGAUGUUCCUGCGCGGCCGGCUGUCCAGCAGCCCAGUGCGGAGCCCGGCGAGGGCCCGGCCGCCGGCGAGCUGAAGGAGUACGAGUCCUUCUCCGACAAGCUCCAGCUGGUGGAUGGAGACAAGAGCAAGGAGCAGCGGGAGCCGGGGCAGCUGAAGGCCGCCUUUGAGCCCUACCUGGAGUUCCUCAGCGACUUCUACCCAGGCGAGGUGGUCACCAUCGCUGUGGUCACCAUGAUGGUGUCUGCCAUCUGCCUGUGCUCCGUCCUGGUGUUCGGCAACACCCACCUCCACCUGCCCACCUGGAGCUACUCCCUGCUGCUGGUGCUCUUCAGCCUGGGCUUCCUGCUCAGCCUGCUCCUCAUCUGGGCCCACGAGCAGCAGCGCAGCACGCAGACCUUCCAGAUACCCCUGGUGCCCCUGUCCCCAGCCCUGAGCAUUGUCCUGAAUAUAUACCUCAUGCUGAAGCUCAACUACAUGACGUGGCUCCGGUUCGCCAUCUGGCUGAUCAUAGGGCUGCUCGUGUACUUCGGCUACGGCAUCUGGCACAGCAAGGAGAACCUGCGGGAGCCCAAGGCGCAGCGCGUCAGCGCCCGCUACGUGGUGUUCCCCAGCGGCAGCCUGGAGGAGACAGUGACGGCCGUGCAGCCGAGCGCCCAGCCCGCCGCGGAGCUGCCCGACGCCGACGAGGCCAAGAGAUGACACUGCAGAGGACGGGGCCUCGGGGCCACCAUGGCGCUCGAAGCGUUUGCCCCC